GACAGAGCGCACACAAGCUUCGGCGGCGGCAGUUCUAUCCUCCGUGCGCAGCUUGGCACUGGCUUAGUGAACAGCUGGCGAGCGGCGGAGACGGCCGACAAUACACGACUUCUCGCGAGCGGGUGAGAAUAUACACACGUAAAAGUGCUGCGAGAGCGAGACAGAGCGUCCGUCUCUCCGAGAGAGCAGUGUAUGUGCAGUCAGGCGCUGCUGCAGUGGUGACCGCGAGUGCGCUGUUGUAUAGCUGCGAAGUCGAGUCGACUCGACAAAGAGUCAGUGCUAGUGUGCGACUACCAGAGGCAGAUGUCAACGGGGACGAUCUGACGCAGAGUCGAGUCGAGAGCGUCCGAGAGCGCCGUCGCAUAACGCGUCUCCUUUGUCGUCCGAACUCCGCAACGAGACGGAUUCGCUCCAUCUUUCCCUCUGUGGCGCACCAGCAGCGUUUGUUGUGAUUCGACGCAGCUGAGACGACGAAGACGACGACAGAGAGCUCAACGUUGCGCAUCGGGGAACGGGUGAGAGAAGAAGCAACAGGAAGAUUUGCAGGAACGGAUGAAGCUUCUCUCUUUUAUACAACUCAACCUAAGGCUGUUAUAAAUAUUGUAUUAGCGAGGGCUGCAAGAGAUUCUUCUGUCCUAUCUUUUGGAGAUUCAUAGAUCCUUCUUUGCGAAGAAAGCAAGCACGACUAGUCAGAUGCGCGUUUUUUUAUACUAGAAAUUCAAAGCAAGGUUCCUAAGAGUUGCUCCUAAUAACUGUAAGCGAGACUGCUGUUUACGAAGCAAUUUUGAUCUCCCACCAUGCUGUAAGCUAGACGCCUGUUAGACACAAGGAAUACGUACAGCGAGUCCACAUAGAUACUGCAAUCGUUGACAGGAUUGCUGAAAGUUUUAUUUCUGAAUGAAAUUGAUAAACGCUGACAAAUUUAGAAGAGACUGCGUGAGGGCUACCAAAGCAUUCAGCGGAAGAGCCAAGAGGUAACUCUGCCAAUCGAUGAAAUUAAAGCAGUCAGGGGCCGUCCUCGCGCAGUCACAGGUACGUGGGGAUCGGCCCCAGCUCAGCUGACUAAAAGGGUUCCAGUAGUCGAAUGACCGUCACAGUACAGAAGUAAGGUGUUGUUUGCCUUGGCCUGUACUACCAUCAUUGCUAACAACUGAGAAGUGACCGGCUUGAAAAUGCUCUACAUCUUCCAUGUUGAUACUGGCACCACCAUCACCUUCGACAUCAAGCUUGCUCUGCAGAAUGUAUCCGAGCUGAAGGAGGCAAUCGAGCGAGAAUGUGGAGUGGCGACGACGCAGCAGGUCCUGCUGAUGAGCGGAGGCGAGAGCCUGGAGUCUCACGUCCGGGUCUGCACGUACUCGGCCGGCACCGACACUAACCCCAUCUACCUCUUCAGCAAGGCCGCGAUCGAGAGCCAGAUUCCGCCCGUCCCCAGCAUUGACUAUGGCUCAGAUAUCGAUCUGCAGACUCAAAUCGAUGCCUCCCUAGCGCUGCCGGCAACCUACCAGACGCUGGUGGCCCGAGCCCAGCUGGCCCAGCAGUGCUGCGCUCUUGCUCGCGACCAGACGCGCAUCUGCGAACGUCUGGUCCACGACCAGCACCUGCAGCAGCAGGGUUGGGCGGCUGUAGUCGCCAACCUGGAGGAUAUCACCCAGACCUUCCAAAAUCGGGCCGAAAUUCUGCAGCAGAACUUUGCCAUCUAUCUAACGGAACGUCAACAGCACAUGGAUCUACUUGCUAACUUCAACGCCGACCUGCAAACUCUCGAGAAGAUCCCGAUUUUGCCAGCCUUGCGAGCUCAAGCCGAAGGCCUAUUGAGCCCUGACGAACAGCAGAGCGAACAACAACAACCGCAGCAACAAGCGCAACAACAGCCAGAAGCUACGUCGACAGCCGCAAUAGUGGAGGCUGUGGCGGUGGCUGCGACAGCGGCUCAGGAAACAUCGUCGAAGGCGGCGGAUGUACUCAGCCUUCUUAAAUGGAUAUCCGCCAAGGACAACCAGAGCAGCCUGGAACAGGUAGCCGACCAGUGCUCCAGAGGUCUUGAGCAGUUCGACGAGCGCGUCAUGGAGGCUCUAAAGAACGAGGUGAGCAGCGCAAUAGAGGCUGCGAACAUGCAGGACAUGAAGGAAAUCAAGGGUCUCGGAGAGCGGCUCUUUGCCCUUGAGCAGCUGAUGGCUCAGACCAAGAAGCUCGUGCACGAUCAGAGCGAGCUCGCCCAGGGCUUCCAACAAAAUAAGACACGUGUUUCCAAUCUUAACGAUGACAGUGUCUUACCCGAUCUUUGUGACUCCCAUCGACGCCAACUCGUCGUAAUGCUCCAAAAUCACACUCAACUGCGCGACAUUCGGCGACGAUGCACUAAGGCGAAAGAAGAAUUAUCAGUCAACAUUCAUCGACGUCUCAAGUGGAUCAUGUACGUAGAAAACAAAAUGAUGGAAGUGGAUGGUAAGUUGGUGAUGUACCACGAAAGCUUGCGUCGUUUGCGCCGGCAGCUUGAAAUUCUCCGCCAGAUUCACCUGGCACCUCAGAUGUACGUCAGCGCGAUAUCUGAGGUCGUGCGCCGGCGUACCUUCUCUCAGGCGUUUCUUAUGUGGGCCAGUAAUCUCGCCUGUCAGCUGCUUAGUGUACAUAGUGAGGAGAUUGAGAGGCGGCGGGAGUUUCAGAAUAAGUUCGAUGGUCAUUUCCUUAACACCCUGUUUCCUGGACUUGAAGACACACCACCGCCGUAUGCUACCCAGGCGCCAUCCGUUUUCGAUAAUGGACUGCCGAAGUUGACUGCUGAAGACAUGGAGUCGUUAAGACAGCAGUUGCCCGACUUAGCAUCAAGCGUUUCGACACCGGAUUUGAGCAGCAUAACGCAGUUUUUCUUCUCCAAAAGUCUCACCGAGAGCGGCAGUGACGGUAACAAGGAAAAAGAAAGCACAUCGAUGCGCGUGGAUUCACCGCCAAAGGAGCAAGAAGGCGCAAGACCACCUUUAAUUAGCGACAGAGGAGGCUUCGAAUCGGAAACCGACACGGAAGAGUUCGAGAAGAUAGGCCAGGCAGCUAUGGACUCCAAGUUAACCUCAUACGAGAGCACAAAGCAGCCUCACGACCAGAAAUGCCAGAAGCAAUUGGAGGUUGGUGCCUCAAUAUCAACCUCCUCGAUCUCGACUAACAUUUCCCCCUUGAACCGCUCCAUUUCCUCCUCCUCAAGCGAGAUGCUACACUUUCCGUCCCUAUCGAUCAGUGAAAAACAGCAGCAACCUCUCAGUCCAUUGACCGAGUGUGUCGAAAACACUGACACGACUCCGUCUCCCAAGUCCUCGUCCAAUUUCCCUAAUAUAUCCACUGCAAGUUCGUGCGACGGCCAGCAAAAGAAACUGAGGAGACGAUCCGGCAGCGACGGCAGCAGUCCGUCUGUUGGCAAUGCCGCGAUGGCAAAUGACUUUCUCGGCACUGAGUUCUAUAUGGACGAGUCGUUGCCCAGCAGCCUCAGCGAGCACCCGACCGACAGUCAGCAUCAGGCUAUUGUGUCCCUGCUCCAGGAGAGUCUAGGUAGUACGCGUGAAGAGGUCGAACGUCUGCGCGCAUUCAUUAACAACAUGAAAGCAGUGGCUACGGAUUCGCUGCUGACUCUCCGCCGCGAGCUGACCGCUCUUAAAGAGCAGGCACUGGUCGACCGUGCUGGCUCAACCAAGAUUCUCGAGAAAAUAGGCGAGGCUGUCAAGUUGCAUACCUGCGCUUUGAGAGAACGUGAGCAGGAACUUACGGUUGAUCAUGAACUCGAGCUUUCUGAUUUGAAGAAGAUGCUGCAAGCUAGAGACGAAGAAGUGCAGAGUCUAAAUACAAGUCUGAUGGAAAAAGAGAUAGAACUUGCUGAGCAACAUAGGCUUGUUGUUACCAUGAGACAGAAGAGCGAAGCCGAGCAGCAGGAAAUGAAGAAACUGCAGUCCAUGUACAGACAACUUAAAGAGACGCUCGAACAGACGCAAAUUGAUAAGGAAAAUGCUGUGAAGGAGACGAAUGAGGCUAGAGUAUUGGAAGCAGGUUCACUGAGAGGCUCUUUGGAACAGUGUCAAGAAAGAGUACACGAGUUGGAAGAGAAAUUGGCAGCAGCUGAACUCGAACACCAGAAGACCAUAAAGGAGGAAACCGAGAAGCUGCAGUUAGAUUACAAGACUCAGCUGGAUACCAUCAGAAGUCGGUUCAAGUUGAUGACCGCUUCUGCGAUGGAGCGCAGUCCAAGUGAUUCCAGUCUUGAGAAAAUCGAGCGGGUUGAUGUCAUCGAACUGGUUAAUCAUGAGACGAUCCUUGCGCAGACGAAAAAGGAUUUAGAGUGUAAGAAGGACGAAGCUAUACGCGAAGCCAUCGAGCGUGAGCGCAAGUCACUCACCAGAGAUCUGCAGAUAGCCAACGAUAUAAUCUCCAAAAACGAGCGUGAACUCGAAGUCUACAGACAGCGAGAGACCACUCUGCUGGAGGAGUGUCGCCACUACAAAGCUACCUUACAGCGUCUCGAUGAAGCUGAGUCCCUCAUUCACAGUCUUGAGACGGAUAAGGCGACACUCGAACACAAAAUAUCAGCGGAUCAAGAGAAAUUGGAGCAACAGGAUGACCUCGUCUUGCGUUUGGAGAGGGAGAGAGAUGAAUUAAGGCAAGAGCUAGACAAUGAAAGGCUGAAAAUGAGUCAAACUGAACUGGAAGAAAGUCUCAAAACAGUUGACAAACCUGAGAAAGAUGAGGUGAGAGUAUCUGAAUCGAAGAAAGUUCGUUUAGAAGCAGACAGCGACUUGGUAUCCUUCCCUGGUAGGCUUGAUGUCCUGGAAGCCGACAAUAAGAAGUUGACGUCGGAGUUAAGAGCCAUAAAAGAGAACAAGGAACGCACGGAGGCAAAAGUAGAAGCUUUAGAGAAUGAACGCGUUCGACUUGAAGUCGAAUUAGGUAAAGUUCUUGACUUAGCAGUAAGGGAACGUUCAAAGAGGAACUUAUCUGCGGAGUCCCUAAGCUUAUCCUCGAUCUCAGUAUCCGAUAGCACUCGUGACAAGGACAUGAAUGCCUCAGUGUCGGUGGUCUCUGAAUCAUCAAUGACUAGUCGUGUGGACGUGGCGACGAGUACCGAGCGUAGCCGUCGCGAGGUAUCUUCCUCCUCACAUGCAAUCCGUGACAAGCUCACUAAGAGCACAAACAGCCUUGUGCAGCAGGGUAAAAUCAAUUUUACCACCUGCAAUACGGGCGACGUCGUACUCGUGCUCUGGGACCAGACGCAUCGCAACUACACACUUCUUCAAGAUUCUCCGACCUUCUACUUUCUCAAUUCGGACUGUAUCAGCGACUUAGAUCUCAAAUUGGGUUCGGACGGCUUACCGACCAAACUACACGCGGUCGCUGAGGUUGUUGAAAAGGAGUACUGCUCGGCUAGAAAGCCAGAAAACCGUUAUAGGGUUCCACAAGGAACAAAGUUUUACCGAGUACGCGUAAAACCACUACAGAGGCACGCUGCAGCCAGUAAGAGCCAAUAGAAAUCAACGUGUACAGCGUCGUCUUAGCUGAGCAUUCUUGGAGGAUAUUUGCCUAAAACUCAAGUCUACUCAGCAUUCAAAAAUAUAUAGCUUUGAAUGAAAGGCCAAAACCUGCCAGAGCCUCGGGCGCAUCCCUGUCAAGAUUUUUGUAAGUGUUGCGUAAGAUGCCAAUAAACGCGAGGAAAACCACAUGUGCGCUGUGUUGUGAGAAUACAAAAACAGUGUAGGAUGCGAUGGCAUUUUAUUGUGAUAUAAAUAAUUUAAAGAUAAAAAAGCUACAAAAAAGCUAACAAAAAAUGCGAGUGAAACGUAUUUGACAGAAUGCUGUGGAUCGCUGUGAACGUACGAGAGUAAAGUUUGUAAGGUUGUUUUUUGUUUGUUCUUGACACAUUGAUUUCUGCGAGAUAAGAGCAAACAUAAAAGAGAUGAAUUGGUAAACUGGGUAAUUUAAGAGAGCCCACGUGACGCUCGCGAAUCUAUGCCGUUAAUUUUUUUUUUUGUUAUUUUUUAGUUUAAAUUUUUAAAUAAACUGAUGACGUUUGUCGACAAUUUUUUUAUAACAAUCUAAAGUAAAACAUCGAACUGAAAUGACGAAGACAAGAACUUGGUGCAGGUUUGAUACUAUCGUCGUUUAAAAAAAACAAAUAAAUAAAAAAAACGAACUCUGAGUAAUUUUACUGUGAGAAGUAAAUAAUUAUUCUUUGCACCUUGUGGAGAAAUAGCCCCGUAAGUUGUAUAGCCUAUAACGAAAUUACGCUAUUUCACUUCGGUCAUACCAUUAUAUAUUAUAAUCGUAUAUCUUAACGAUGUGCGCUUAUCAAUAAUAUAUACUCGUAUGAGUAAAUGCUAUUGUUCGUCUAAGAAAUCUCACUCGAGCGUGCAAUAUAAUUCAUGUGUAAAAAUAAUAAAAAUACUAUAUAGCUUAAAAUCAUUUUUCAAGAAGAAUAUAUUAAAUAGCUUGGAAUGAUUUUUCAACUGACGCCAAUACAUAGUUUCGCUAUAUCAUUUUCAUUUUUUUUACAAAAAGUUUUGUGAGGACUGUUUUUAGAUGUCUCAUCGACUUCUUCUACUUCAGUGUUGCUCCAAAUUACAUUUGUAUUGUUUUGUUCAGCAUACAAAAUAUUGCACCAACCGGGUCACUCACAGCAAAAAGAAAGUUCGAUUCGAUUUUUUCUCUACAAAAAUAGCCUCAUAGAAGUGUAAACAUUCUCAGUGACUACGUGUCACCUCUUUUUCACUUAACAAAAAAAAAAUAUAUAUAUAUAUUAUAAAAGAGUAGAGAGAAAAUUCCUCGAGCAAAGCCGAAAAGAAGCCAGUGAUAAUGCGGUCGUUAUCCCUGGUCUCGAUCGUCUUUCUCGAAGAAAAAAAUUGACAUUAUUAAUAGAUCGUGUGAGACUCGAAUUUCUACAUUUAGGACAUUAGGCACCGAUUGUUCUUACCGAUGCACGUAUAGGCACUUUGUAUAGUGUAUCGUAAAAUAGCUGUGAUCAUUUCAGUGCGACGUCACUCAAUGGAAAAUCUUCUCUAAAAACUUUUUUUACGUUUUUUAUAUGAUAAAAUUGUCGAUUUUACUGUUAUAUUCCUCUAUUUUCUAUAAGAAUUAAAAUUUUUUCUAAAGAAACGACAUUUGCGGGAUCGAUGAUUUUCCGUAGAGUGGCUUCGCGCUUAUUAAUCUCCUUUUAACGUUUUCACGUCUAAGUAGUAACUAGUAACUUCAAUCUCAUGUGAGCGUAAAGACGAAAGUAGAAUCUUUUGUGGGGGUGGUAGGCGUUAAAAGUUUUCACCCUUUUUAAUGCUACGUAAAACAAAUGUAGAUUUAACAAAAAGAAAAAAAAAACUUUAACAAACCUCGACUCCAAACAAUGAUUCAUUAAGCAUGCACUUUCUUUAUUUGUUGAUUUAUACGUCAUUUUCAAAGUAUAAGACAAUUAUUCAUCUGUAGUCGAGGCGAUUGUAAUCGAGCUUUUUAUCGUCCUUAACUAUAAUGACAGUAUAUAAUAAGUUAUCGACCAAUCGCUCUUCGAAUUUAUUCCUUUUUUCUUCAAAAGUCUUGAUUUAUACAUGUCUUGACUAUAGAACAGUAAACCUUCGCACGACUUUCAAAAAAUUUGAUGGUAAAAGUAACAGAAAUUAGCGAUCUUAUCAAAGUUUUUUAAAAGUAUAAUAAACAUCUAGAUGGUAAGCUCAAACAUCAAAGAUACGUGCCUGCUAUAGAUUAUUGUAAAAUAUAAAAGAAAAAAAUCGUGUGCUGUCUCAUCGGUCGUGAUCAAAACACAUUGUUCUUAAGUCUUUGUAAAAGGACGGUUUUGAGAUGAAAAAUUGCAAAUCAGAUACAGUUUAGAAACACAGCUAAGAUUUUAACGAUCGACUGCUUAAUAGUUCGAAACCAGCUUCCAUGGAGUUUAAUGCGUCACGCGCGAGUAAAGAAUUGUUUAAAAUGAUAAAAAAUAGAUACAUAGUACAUAAACUGUAGAGAAUGUAAACACAGCACAUGAGCGUUAAAGGCUACCGAUUUUGUCUCCUUCAAAAAAGAUUCAUAGUACGUAAGUAGGAAGAUAUUUAAAAGACGCAACAGCGGCAUAAUUCAAUCUCUAGAACGUAGGUAAUAUAACGAUACAAAAAAAGCGUGCAAUGCAUCGAAGAAAUGUACGUGCGAAGGAAGAAAACAAAGAAUUUUUUUUAAUGGAAGUAUGACGUUAUUUUUUUCUUUUUUCUCUCAUUACAAAAAUUGCGUCGUUGCGUGUGCAACCAUUGUAAUUAAUACAGGAAAAUAAUAAAAAGAAAAUAGAGCAUUUAGGCAUGCGAAGCAUUGUGAUCGUGAAAAUAACCGUUAAAAUUAAAGGAUUCACAAAUAAUUAUAUAUGAAUUAAUAAUAAAGAACAAGUGACUUUUACAUGAGA